AUGUAUUUUGCUUCAUUCUUAGAGCAUGUCUACGUCGAUCCUAAGCUUGUAGGCUCGGUCACUGCCGUUCUCGUGGUCGUCCUGGUUGCAGCAACCUUCUGCACUGUGCGGAUAGUCAAACGGCUGAGGUACAGGCUAGACCCGACACAGCUGUUCAAGGAAGUCCUAGAGGAUAUCGUUGGGUCUGAGAAAAUGGAACCAUGGUUGAAGAAAAGAAGGGAUCUGUACCUUGACGAGCUGAUUGGUGAGGGAGAAUUCGGUCACGUAAGGAAGGGCGUGCUGCGGGAAGAUCGACAACAGGCCGUCAUCGUAGCUGCCAAGACUUUGAGUCAACGCUAA